ACAUGGCGGCGCCCUUGUGCAACUGCUGAGAAAGUAUCUCUGGAGAAACAGAAGCGAAUUAAGGUUUCAUUUUAGCGUAGCGGUAGCAAAUAAUUUCCUGCGACCAUCAGCAGGACCACAAGAUAAGAAUUACAACCAAGUCCUUUUUUGCACAAGCUCGUUAGAGCGUGGUGUGGCCCAUGCUCAGAGUCCGUGUUAAGAUGGGCCUCUUUCCCAGACCCUAGUGAGGAGUGGACGCAGGGAAGACUCGGCAGAUUCCCCGACGAGGUCUUAGCGGGCGAACUUGGACUUGUCGGCGUUGACAUUAAUCACAAAUUGUGGGAUUUGCCGUAUAAUCUGCUGUCAGGGGUUCUCUCUGCAGCCGCCUCUCUUGUAGAAAAGGGACGCAGAAGUUUCCAAGCCCGCGGGAGCGAUUCAACCACGUCAAGGGCCCUGAUGAAGAUGGACGCAGAGCUGCUCCACUCCCCUGUGGUGGGCCUGGCGGAGGAGGAGGAGGCGGACAUGAGCGACUGGAACCUGCCGCUGGCCUUCAUGAAGAAGCGGCACUCGGAGAAGAUCGAGGGCUCCAAGGCCCUGGCGCAGAGCUGGAGGAUGAAAGACAGGAUGAAGACAGUGAGUGUGGCUCUGGUGCUGUGUCUGAACGUGGGGGUGGACCCUCCCGACGUGGUGAAGACCUCUCCCUGUGCCAGGCUCGAGUGCUGGAUCGACCCUCUGUCCAUGAGCCCACAGAAGGCCCUGGAGACCAUCGGGGCCAGCCUGCAGAAGCAGUAUGAGAACUGGCAGCCUCGGGCGCGCUACAAGCAGAGUCUGGACCCCACGGUGGACGAGGUGAAGAAGCUGUGCACCUCUCUGCGGCGUAACGCUAAAGAGGAGCGGGUCCUGUUCCACUACAACGGCCACGGAGUGCCCCGGCCCACCGUCAACGGGGAGAUCUGGGUCUUCAACAAGAACUACACCCAGUACAUCCCCCUGUCCAUCUACGACCUGCAGACCUGGAUGGGCAGCCCCUCCAUCUUCGUGUACGACUGCUCCAACGCCGGCAUCAUCGUCAAGUCCUUCAAGCAGUUCGCCCUGCAGAGAGAGCAGGAGCUGGAGGUGGCAGCCAUAAACCCCAACCACCCCCUGGCGCAGAUGCCCCUGCCCCCCUCCAUGAAGAACUGCAUCCAGCUGGCAGCCUGUGAGGCCAGCGAGCUCCUGCCCAUGAACCCUGACCUCCCUGCUGACCUCUUCACCUCCUGCCUCACCACGCCCAUCAUGAUCGCCCUGCGCUGGUUCUGCAUGCAGAAGAGCGCCAGGCUGGUGCCCGGGGUGACGUUGGACCUGAUCGAGAAGAUCCCAGGCCGGCUGAAUGACAGACGCACCCCGCUGGGAGAGCUCAACUGGAUCUUCACGGCCAUCACGGACACCAUCGCGUGGAACGUGCUGCCGAGAGACCUCUUCCAGAAGCUCUUCCGCCAGGACCUGUUGGUUGCCAGCCUGUUUCGCAAUUUCCUAUUGGCUGAGAGGAUAAUGAGGUCAUACAACUGCACCCCAGUCAGCAGCCCACGCCUACCCCCCACCUACAUGCAUGCCAUGUGGCAGGCGUGGGACCUGGCCGUGGACAUCUGCCUCUCGCAGCUCCCCACCAUCAUCGAGGAAGGCACGGCCUUCAGGCACAGUCCCUUCUUCGCAGAGCAGCUGACUGCCUUCCAGGUGUGGCUGACGAUGGGCGUGGAGAACAGGAACCCCCCUGAGCAGCUCCCCAUCGUCCUGCAGGUGCUGCUGAGCCAGGUGCACAGGCUGCGAGCACUGGACCUGCUGGGCCGCUUCCUGGACCUGGGCCCCUGGGCGGUCAGCCUGGCUCUCUCGGUGGGUAUAUUCCCCUACGUGCUGAAGCUGCUGCAGAGUUCUGCCCGUGAGCUGCGCCCCCUCCUGGUCUUCAUCUGGGCCAAGAUCCUGGCAGUGGACAGUUCUUGUCAAGCAGACCUGGUGAAGGACAAUGGGCACAAGUACUUCCUGUCAGUCCUCGCCGACCCAUACAUGCCUGCCGAACACCGCACCAUGGCCGUCUUCAUCCUGGCCGUCAUCGUCAACAGCUACAACACCGGGCAGGAGGCCUGUCUGCAGGGGAACCUCAUAGCCAUUUGCCUGGAGCAGUUGAACGACCCUCACCCGCUCCUGCGCCAGUGGGUGGCCAUCUGCCUGGGCCGGAUCUGGCAGAACUUCGACUCGGCCCGCUGGUGCGGGGUUCGGGACAGCGCCCACGAGAAGCUCUACAGCCUGCUAUCGGACCCUAUCCCCGAGGUACGCUGUGCUGCAGUGUUCGCCUUGGGCACGUUUGUGGGGAACUCAGCCGAGCGGACAGACCACUCCACCACCAUAGAUCACAACGUGGCCAUGAUGCUGGCCCAGCUCAUCAACGACGGGAGCCCCGUGGUGCGCAAGGAGCUGGUGGUGGCGCUCAGUCACCUGGUGGUUCAGUACGAGAGCAACUUCUGCACUGUGGCGCUGCAGUUCAUAGAGGAGGAGAGGAACUACGUUGUGCCCUCGCCUGCCAGCAACACGGAGCCAGGGAACCUCACCCCACUGAGGGACCGUGACAGUCCCGCUAUCCCCCGCCUGCGCUCCGUCAACUCCUACACCAACAUCCGCGCUGCCACCACCGCCCGAAACCUCAACAAGAGCCUGCAGAACCUCAACCUCAACGAGGAGGGGGGCCCUGUUGCCUUCUCCCCAGGGAACCUGAGCACGAGCAGCAGUGCCAGCAGCACUCUGGGCAGCCCGGAUAAUGAUGAGUACAUCCUGUCCUUCGAGACCAUCGACAAGAUGAGGAGGGUCAGCUCCUACUCCUCACUCAAUUCACUCAUAGGGGUGUCCUUCAACAGCGUGUACACACAGAUCUGGAGAGUGCUGCUGCACCUGGCGGCCGACCCGUUCCCUGAAGUGUCCGACCUGGCCAUGAAGGUCCUCAACAGCAUCGCGUACAAGGCUACCAUGAAUGCUCGGCCCCAGAGGAUCCUGGACUCCGGCUCCCUUACCCAAUCAGCCCCCGCCAGCCCCACCAGCAAAGGGACCCACAUCCACCAGGCAGGUGGCUCCCCCCCCAUGCCCAGCCCCAGCAGCUCCAGCCUGACCAACGAGGUCCCCAAGCCCCCCAACCGAGAGCUCCCUCCCGCCCGGCCUCCCUACACCCCCACGCUGGGGGGCCAGGCGCCCCACUCGCACCAGUUCCCACGCACCCGCAAGAUGUUCGACAAAGGCCCCGACCAGACCGCGGAUGACGGUGACGAGCCGGGCGGGCACAGGAACUUCAUCAGUGCCACCAUGCAGACGGGACUGUGUGACUGGAGUGCCAAGUACUUUGCCCAGCCCGUCAUGAAGAUCCCGGAGGAGCACGACGUGGAGAGUCAGGUGCGGAAGGAGCGGGAGUGGAGGUUCCUGCGGAACGCCCGCGUCCGGAGACAGAGCCAGCACAUCACGCAGAGAGGCGUGACCCGUCUGGACGACCAGAUCUUCAUCAACCGGAACCCGGGGGUGCCGUCGGUGGUGAAGUUCCACCCCUUCAACCCCUGCAUCGCCGUGGCCGACAAGGACAGCAUCUGCUUCUGGGACUGGGAGAAGGGAGAGAGGCUGGACUACUUUUAUAACGGCAACCCCCGCUACACCCGCAUCACGGCCAUGGAGUACCUGAAUGGGCACGACUGCUCCCUGCUGCUCACCGCGACUGACGACGGUGCCCUGCGUAUCUGGAAGAAUUUUGCUGAUCAGAGGAACCCUGAGAUGGUGACGGCCUGGCAGGGCCUGUCAGACAUGCUGCCCACCACGAGAGGUCUGGCCAGACGGGUGUCCAUCUAUCUAGACAGGAGUAAGCAGGGAGGGGCCGGUAUGGUGGUGGACUGGGAGCAGGAGACCGGCCUCCUCAUGACCUCCGGGGACGUCCGGGUGAUCCGUAUCUGGGACACGGAACGGGAGAUGAAAGUUCAGGACAUUCCCACGGGGGCGGACAGCUGCGUGACCAGCCUCUCCUGCGACUCCCAGCGCUCCCUCAUCGCCGCCGGCCUGGGGGACGGCUCCGUGCGCGUCUACGACCGGAGGAUGGGCCCCAACGAGUGCCGUGUGAUGACGUACCGUGAGCACGGGGCCUGGGUGGUUAAAGCACACCUGCAGAAGGAGACCGAGGGUCACAUCAUCAGUGUCAGCGUGAACGGGGACGUGCGCUUCUUCGAGCCGCGGGCCACAGAUUCGGUGAACGUGCUGCAGACGGUUAAAGGACUGACCGCGCUGGACAUUCACCCGCAGGCCAACCUGUUCGCCUGUGGGUCCAUGAACCAGUUCAUCGCGGUCUACAAUUCCAGCGGUGACGUCAUCAGCAACAUCAAGUACUACGAUGGCUUCAUGGGACAGAGGAUUGGAGCCAUCAGCUGUCUGGCCUUCCACCCGUACUGGCCCCACCUGGCCGUCGGGAGCAACGACUACUACAUGUCCAUCUACUCAGCAGAGAAGAGGCUGAGAUAACGGCAACGCACCCCAGAGCCAGGAUGUAAAUGACUUCUAAUGUACAUACGCAAUUAUCACCCUGAAUGUCUCGUGAUGGCUGCUGAUACUCAUGUUAUUAUUAUGAUAUUAUUAUUAUUGUUAUUACUAUUACGGGCUAUUGAUUGUAGACUUGGCUGUGCUGAGGAGUGUGUAUAUUUAAUUGCAUUUACAGAUAAUAGAGAUAUUUUAAGCUGCAGGCUGUCGCUGGCUUUUCCCCCCGCCUGUGUGCGCACUGUUCGUGCGGAGGUAGAGGAGCGUGAGGAGGAAGAGUGAACCCGGCUUCGCCACGUUCGGGUCGCUCUCUUGCGCUCCGCAGGAGCGGGCCUGGCUUUGAGCCGAGCCCUGGACCACGCCCGCCCGCCCGCCCGCCCUACAGGACGGCACAAAGAUGGCCGCCGCCACCCCACUGCCUCUGGCACCGUGGGGCUAGAGCCCGGUCCCCCCCCCCCCGCCUGCCACUUCACCCUUACCCCGCCCCCAACUGUGCCAAACUUACACACCCUGCCAAUGUCCGCUGUACCCUGUCCCUCUGUCCCCCAGUCCCCCAGUCUCCCUGCCCCCCUGUCUCCCUGUCCCUCUCAGUCUGUGACGGCCUGUAGAGGGCGCUUGCUGCCCCUGGGCAGUAUGAAGCAAUAAAUCAGUUGCGCAGCCCCGCCCCACUGCAAAGCCCCUUCUCGUUACUGGAUCCCAUUGGCUCUGACGCCCCCCACCCAAACACGGCUGUCCCAGCACACAUGAGCCCCCCACCCAAACACAGCUGUCCCAACACACAUGAGCCCCCCACCCAAACACAGCUGUCCCAGCACACAUGAGCCCCCCACGCAAACACAGCUGUCCCAGCACAUGAGCCCCCCACGCAAACACAGCUGUCCCAGCACACAUGAGCCCCCCACCCAAACACAGCUGUCCCAACACCCAUGAGCCCCCCACGCAAACACAGCUGUCCCAGCACACAUGAGCCCCCGACCCAAACACAGCUGUCCCAGCACACAUGAGCCCCCCUCCCAAACACAGCUGUCCCAGCACACAUGAGCCCCCCACCCAAACACAGCUGUCCCAACACCCAUGAGCCCCCCACGCAAACACAGCUGUCCCAGCACACAUGAGCCCCCCACCCAAACACAGCUGUCCCAGCACCCUCCCCCUUCCCCGCACCCAGGACGGGCGGUGGACCAUGAAGCCGACCGGAGAUCCACAAGGAGUCUGAGGUCACUGCUGCAGUGGCCUGUUCCACAGGUCCCCACAGAGCCCCCCUGUGGCACCUUAGCGAGGUGCCCCACUCCAUGCGCAUCAGUCUGCCUGAUCUCACUCGCACACCACUAUGAACUGUCACCAGGCGGACGUAUAUUUAUUUUCUUUUCUUUUUUUAAGGCUUGAUUUUAUUGCAAAGAUUGAUUUGGUAGUGUAGUGUAAUGCAGUGAGGAUGAUGCAUAUUUCUCUCUUUUUUUUUUGUUUGGUUUUUUUUUUUCUUAACCCAGCUUUAGUGGUAGAAGCACAAGGUAGACUGCAGCCCCAGGGCAGACCACUGCACAGCCGAGGUCUUUAGUCCCUCCCACGAGUCACCGGUGUGGUGACCGUCAUCACGAGCACACACACAACCAUCACGGUCACGUCAGAGAGGGACUCUCUGUUGCCCAUUGCCUCUGUCGGAACUGAGUAUAGCCACGAGCCUGCGGUGGAUUUCUGUGUUGACUGACACGUAUUGCUGAAUUUCGUUUUCAUUUGUGAAAACCACAACAAGUCCGUGUUGCCCUUGAAGACUUUGCUCAGGUAUUAGUUGGCCAAAAGUCAUCACAGAGAUGUUUAGUGUAUGUGAGGGGCCUGGCAUUGAGACGGGGGGGUGAGGGGGUCCUUAGGCAAGGAGGCUGCCACAGAAGGUCUUAUGCUAUUCUUAUCUGAUGUUAAUGUUCCUUCCAAUCAAUUAAUUAUGACAAGCCUUUUAGUACCAGGGAACAUAGAUGGAUAAUGCGUAACCAACUUUAAUGUGUGGUAAAAGGAUUUUUGUAUUGUUGUUGUGAGGACAUUCAUUAUUUAAUUUUUUUAUUUUCAUUAUUUUUAUGCUUUCUUUGUCGUGCUUGUAAUUUUUUUCUUAACCUUUUGUCUUUUUUUCCUGUAAAUUUGGUUUUUAACUCAGUGCCCUGUUCCCUGGCUUGCCACUCUUGAUCUCUCUUAGGCAAAUAAAGGAACGGUUGGGAUGUGGGUAGAGUUGCCCUCAUGUGUUGUUCACUUUCUCUCUGGCUUUUAUGCAGAGUUACACGCGCCUCUGGCCCCUAAAUUCCCCUGCUCAAAUGUGGCCUCUAAAGAAUGGACUAUGACGCUAAUGUGUGGACAGAAUUGGGGAAACAUGAAUUUAGAAUGCGGUCCCGCCCCAACUUGGCACUCUGUCUCCCUCCAGGGGAGGGAAGAGGUUAUAGCAGCUUCACCGCAUCACUGACAAAACCAGCUGCAUAUCGUGUCACCAUCUCUUAAUAUCCUGCUCUGAAUUUUAACAUUUUAGAAAGAAAACUUUGAAAAGAUAUAUAAAAUAAAAUAAAAUGAAAACAAUCAGGUGUUCUCUGUGACUGUAGGCUGCUUUGCUGACUACGGUUUGUAUGACAGGAGAAGAAAUCAUUGAAAUAAACCAAAUACAUAAAAACGCAAA